UCUGAAUUCUCGUUGCGCCUUUCCCUCGUUUGUCCCACUUCGCUUACCUUACCAAGAAAGGGGCGGGAAGAUAGAAAGGUCACGGAAGAGUUGCAUGCUGGGAAAACACGUGUAGCAGAAAGGAAGAGAGGUGACGCGUGAAGUUUGCCACCAUGUCGUCCAAAAAGAAGCAGGGCGGCGAUGAGCGCUUCCUGCGGGUGCAGAAGGACCCCAGGUUCUGGGAGAUGCCCGAGAGAGAGCACAAAAUCAAGAUCGACAAGCGUUUCCAGUCCAUGUUUCACGACGAGCGCUUCAAGGUGAAGUGCACGGUGGACAAACGAGGCAGACCCAUCAACCAAACCUCCACGGAGGACCUGAAGCGCUUCUACCAAGUCUCCGACUCAGAGGACGAUGAAACGAGCAAGAAGGCGGCAGAGGGCAAGAAGAAGAAAAAAGUGAAGGCGAAGCCGGCGAAGGCUGAUGAAGAGGCGAAGAAAGGAAAAGCAGUGCAGAGCGGAGAUGCUAAAGGAGAGCCGCUUGAACGUGGCGUGAGGGUCGUUGAAGAGGUGUCCUCAGACGAUGAAGAGGAUGAGAAGCAGCAAACUGCGGAGAGGGAUGAUGUUGACCUGGGAGACAGUGUCACGGACGGCAGUGAGGAUGAUGAAGGUGAUGAAGAGGACAGCGAUGAUGAUGAAGAAGAAGAUGAUGAGAGUGAAGUGGCGAGCGGAUCUGAAGAGGAGUCCGGUCUGGAUUCGGAGGACAGUGACAGCGAGCCGGAUCUGGCCAGAGGGAAGGGAAACGCAGAGACCAGCUCAGAUGAAGACGAAGAUGGCGAUGUGGACGCCAUCCUGAAGAAAGAGGAAGAGGAGAUCGAACACAACUGGGGCGAGCUGGCCAAAGACGCUCCACGGACCGACGAGGUGUCUGCUCGUCUGGGCGUCUGCAACAUGGACUGGGACCGCAUGAAAGCCAAAGACCUGCUGGUGCUGUUCAACUCCUUCCUGCCUAAAGGAGGAGCCGUGCUGUCCGUCAAGAUCUACCCGUCAGAGUUUGGGAGGGAGAGGCUGAGGGCGGAGGUGACGCAGGGGCCGCUGGAGCUGAAAGCUCUGCCCGACGACUCGGAGGACGACAACGAGGAGGAGAGAGGUUACAGAGAGAAGAUGCGGGACUACCAGUUCAAGCGGCUGAAGUAUUUCUACGCUGUAGUCGAGUGCGACUCGACCGAGACCGCCGGCAUCAUCUACCAGGAGUGUGACGGCUACGAGUACGAGAGCAGCUGCUCCGUGCUGGACCUCCGGUUUAUUCCUGAUGACGUCCAGUUUGACGAGGAGCCCAAAGACGUGGCCACGGAUGUGAACCUCUUGGCCUACACGCCCAAACUGUUCACCUCAUCUGCCAACGCAACGUCAAAGGUGCUGCUGACGUGGGACGAGACGGACAACGACCGCGUCACCGCCCUCAACAGGAAUUUCAACAAGGACGAGCUGCUGGCCAUGGACUUCAAGGCCUACCUGGCCUCCUCCAGCGAAGAAGAGGGGGAAGAGGGAGGGCUUGAUUUCGGAGAGCAAGAGAGUGGAGACGAAGACGCAACAGCAGAGGCUUCAUUGGCAAAAGAGCCCGUCGUGGAGAUGAAGGUGGAGAAGAAGAAGCAGAAGAGCGAGGAGCAGAUCUCCAAGUACAGACAGCUGCUGAAAGGCAUUCAGGACAAAGAGAAGAAGCUGCACGAGGACAGAGACAUGGGGAUGGAGAUCACCUGGGUGCCAGGGCUGAAGGAGACGACGGAGCAGCUGGUGAAGAAGAAGUUGGAGGGGACGGAGCAGCUGACGCCGUGGGAGGAGUUCUUGCAGAAGAAGAAAGAUCGGAAGAAGCAGAAGAAGUCUCAAAAGAAAGAGGGAGAGGAUGACGAAGAGCUCAGUGACGACGAGCUUCCUCCAGACGUCGACCUCAGUGACCCUUUCUUCGCCGACGAGCUCGCCGCUGCAGACAAGAAGAAGAAGAAAGGGAAGAAGAAGACGCAGGAGGAAGAGGAGCGGACAGCGGAGGAGGAAGAGGAGCUGGAGAAACAAAAGGCGGAGAUGGCUCUGCUGAUGGAGGACGACGACAAACACAAACACUUCAACUACGACAAGAUCGUGGAGCAGCAGAACUUGAGCAAGAAGAAGAGGAAGAAGCUGCUGAAGAAGGGCGACGAGAAGCUGGAGGGCGACGACUUCCAGGUGGACGUUAAAGACGCUCGUUUCCAGGCCAUGUUCACCUCCCACCUGUUCAACCUGGACCCGUCUAACCCCAACUACAAGAAGACUAAAGCCACGACGAGCAUCCAGGUAGAGAAGCAGCGGCGGCGAGGAGAGGAGCAGCGCCGGAUGGAGGACUCGCUCGGUGCUCAGAGCGUCGCGCCCACACAGGGGGAGGCCGCCGCCGGGGAGAAGCGAGUAAAUGACUCUGACGCUCCAACACUUGAAGGCUCCUCGAGGAAAUCGAUGGACCCCAGUUUGUCGCUGCUCAUCAAGUCGAUUAAAAGCAAGACGGAGCAGUUUCAGGCUCGGAAGAAGCAGAAGUUUGUGUAGCGUUCAGGCGCCGCUCGGCUUCCUGCUGUUUUAUAUGUUUGUACAGGAAACGAUCAGAUGAGGAAGGAGUCUCUAGUAAAGAAGUGAAUCCUG